AUGGCACAUGCUGAGGGCGACCUUCGAGAUGGUUUAUCUGCACGGGAAAUCUUCGCGAAUAGUGAAGGACUUACCUAUAAUGAUUUCCUUCUGCUUCCGGGAUACAUAGACUUUACCGCUGAAGAAGUUGACCUGACCUCACCACUAACGAAGAAAAUUAACCUGAAAGCGCCUUUAGUAUCUACUCCCAUGGACACAGUUACUGAAGCAGACAUGGCCAUUGCUAUGGCUCUCUGUGGAGGCAUUGGUAUUAUUCAUCACAACUGCACUGCUGAUUAUCAAGCUAAUGAGGUUCACAAAGUAAAAAAAUACAAACAUGGCUUUAUCAGAGAUCCUGUCUGCAUGGGCCCUGAAAAUACUGUAGCAGAUGUGCUAGAAGCUAAGAAAAAAAACGGGUUUACUGGAUAUCCAAUCACAGAAAAUGGAAAAUUAGGAGGUAAAUUGAUUGGAAUAGUAACUUCUCGUGAUAUUGAUUUCAGGGAGGGUGAUCCCCAACUAAGUUUAAAAGAAGUAAUGACCCCUAUUAGUGAAAUGAUCACUGCUCAAUCUGGUGUUACUCUCCAAGAUGCCAAUUAUAUUCUUGAAAAGAGUAAGAAAGGAAAACUGCCAAUUAUAAAUGGUGCCGGGGAACUUGUGGCUUUGAUUGCCCGCACUGACUUGAAAAAGGCUCGUAGUUAUCCUAAUGCAUCUAAAGAUUCCAACAAGCAGUUGUUAGUUGGGGCUGCAAUUGGUACUCGUGAGGCAGACAGAGAGCGCCUCAAACUUCUGGUUAAUAACGGUGUUGAUGUUAUUGUACUAGACUCCUCUCAAGGCAACUCAAUUUAUCAGAUUGACAUGAUUAAGUUUAUUAAGAAAACUUACCCUGAUAUACAAGUAAUUGCAGGCAAUGUAGUAACUAGAAUGCAGGCUAAGAAUCUCAUUGAAGCAGGCGCAGAUGCUUUAAGGGUUGGUAUGGGCAGUGGAUCAAUUUGCAUCACCCAGGAGGUAAUGGCAUGUGGUUGCCCUCAAGCCACAGCUGUGUACCAAGUAUCAUCAUAUGCCCGGCAGUUUAAUGUGCCAGUCAUUGCAGAUGGAGGCAUUCAGUCUGUUGGCCACAUUGUUAAGUCUCUGGCGUUGGGAGCUUCGACUGUGAUGAUGGGAUCCCUUCUUGCAGGAACAUCAGAAGCCCCAGGAGAAUACUUUUUCUCUGAUGGUGUGAGACUGAAGAAGUACAGAGGUAUGGGAAGCCUGGAAGCUAUGGAGAACAAAGAUGGCAAGGGCUCUGCUAUGAGCAGAUACUUCCAUAAAGAAUCAGACAAGCACAGGGUAGCUCAAGGGGUUAGUGGAAGCAUUGUAGACAAAGGAUCAGUUUUGAGAUUCCUGCCAUACCUGCAAACUGGUAUGCAGCAUAGCUGCCAAGAUCUAGGAGCCAAGUCAGUUAGUAAAAUAAGAGACAUGAGCUACUCGGGAGAUUUGAGAUUUAUGAAAAGAACUUAUUCAGCUCAGUUAGAAGGUAAUGUUCAUGGUUUAUUUUCCUAUGAGAAAAGGUUGUUUUAA